GGACAGGACUCGGAAGGAGGAUAUAAAUCUCUUCACCAUCUAAAGCGAUAUCUAUUAAACCCUGUGAGUAUCUGUUCCUUUAUACAUUUUGUAACAUGGAUGGAUUAUCAGCAAUGCUAAUUGGACAUUCCUUUGUUAGGCGCUUUAAGAAUUAUGUUCGCACAACUGAAGACAAACGCGUUAAAUGGAAUCUUGGGCUAGAACGCAUUCAUAUUAGAUAUGACGGUUUGGGCGGUAGAAAAGUAGGGACAAUAUUGAAUGAAACAUUGGAAAAUAAAUUAAAAAAUCCGCCAAACAUAGUCAUCUUACAAAUUGGAGGAAAUGAUAUCUCAAACGGAAAAAGACCCGAAACAGUUGCCUCCGAUAUAGAAAAUCUAGUCAUGAAAUUACACCAAGAAUAUCACGUCGAAUAUAUUUUAGUAUCUGAACUUAUACAAAGAAAAUCAGCUCCUUUAAAAUACAAUGAAAACGUCAUGCUAUGCAAUCGUAUUCUGACAGCAUUAUUAGAGCACAUUCCAUUCGCAAAGCUGUGGCACCACAGAGGUAUUAGGAAUAGCCAAUUUAACCUCUACAUUGAAGACGGUGUCCAUUACAAUGAUCGCGGAAAUUAUAAACUCUAUCAAAGCUACAAGCAAGCAUGCAUCUUCGGUGAAAGCCAACUUAAUUAAUAUACAAAACAUAAGCAUUGCUGGUAAGACCCAUUAUUGUAUUUUUCUACUCGUAGCAUGGGGUAGUGGUAUAAAGAUUUAAUUGAAAAACAAUUAUUGUAUUAGAAAGAUAUCUUUAUAUAUAUUAUCACGCAAACAGGGCAAAGGUAAUGCAGCACUCAAUAUAUAUUUCUCGAGCUGCCGAAAGCUGGGUAACCAUUCCUUGUCUUAAUACAGUAGCCAUUUGAAUUAUAUCAUUGUUUGUGCAUCGCUCAGAAUCAGCUUCUGAGCAUUU